AUGGCUCCAGGGUACCGCACGGCGACCCAGACGCGACGAGGAAAUCGUAGUGGAUUCCCUGAACAUGAUGACUUUGAAGGCCUACCAGUGCGACAAUGGCGUCAAGAAUGGGUCAGCAUCGCCCCUCCUCCACCUCUAGAGACAACACAACAAAAUGAUCGAUGGGCUGUUGAGCUGCCGCAUGGCAUGCCGAAGGACUAUCAACUCCUCGCUCCCCACAGUCAAGAAUUGCUACGAGCAGCCCGCUCAGGGCGACUUUACAAGAGGCCCGCCCCAGAGGAUGAUGAGCCUGAUGCUGAUGCCGGCGCCGACAAAGCGGAUAAAAAAGACGAGGGUGCGGUCAAUGGCUUCCAGGUGAAGAUGUGGAAACAGGUGCCCAGGAACAUUGAAGGUGCAACCGUUUCACAUCUAGCCAAGCGCCACAAGAACACCAUCACACUCGCCGCUAAGGCCGUCGCAGUGCAGAUUGGCGGGCCUACCGUAACAAGAGCAACGGUGCGACGGAUAGAUGCGGCUGGAAAUCCCUAUACUCAGGAGAUGGUCGUCACAGAUGGACAGCCAGUCGAUGGUGAAAUCAUCUCAACAAGGGUCGUUUCUGCCGCGGCAGUCCCGAAUGGAGACGUCGCAUCACAAGCGGCUACACCAGCGAAGAAAAGGCCACCGCCACCCAAACGGAAAGCGAAGCUAGGGCGUGGCCGUGGCAGAGGUCGAAAGAUCGGUGCCCCAAGCAUUUCCCGACCACCACUGCCAGGAGGCACAGGUACCGACGGGACAGCGGAAAUUAAGCGUGAAGCUACAGGACCUGAUGCCAUCAAACAGGAGGGUGAUAAUGACGCUUCUACGAAUGUGGAUAGUGAGAUGGCGGAUGCUUCUGUGCUUGAUGACGAGGAGGGCGAUGACGAUGAAGGCGAGGAAGGUGAAGAGGGUGAAGGCGAAGGCGACGAGGGUGGUGAUGAUGACCAAGAGGAUCUCACACCCGAAGUCGACAGUGGUGUGGAUCAGGAUCAAGAUCAGGAGAUGGAGGAGCCGUCCCCACCUAUCACCCAUCCCCUAUCCCAAUCGUCAGUGCCGCCAGUCGAGGGAGAGGUGUCAUCCGACGAAGAUCUGAGUGCCUCGAAGAGUGUCAUUUCAGAUACAUCUCCUGGCCUAGCGCCGCCCCUUGCGGUACCACUCCUGCAAUCGCCGCGUCUUGAAGGCAGUCCGUUAAAGAACGUGCUCGUGCCUUCACCAACGGAGCCGUCGCCAGCCCUGUCACCAAACGGAACAGGCGCUCUAGAUACAGCUGUAGAGGAGACUCCAGCAACGUUAACGAGCGUUUCUGAGGUCUUGGAGAUUGCUCAGCCUGCUGUAUCUGAGCAGCUCACAGCAACAGCCGAAACUACACAAGACCCAGAGCCCGUCUCCGCUAUUGAUUUGAACACUACUGUGGUAGGGGUUGGCAUUUCCGAGCCAGUAAUUGUACAAGAGCAAGUCAUGCAAGACGCGCCCAAUCCCGAACGGGAAAGUGAAGCGGUAGCUGAGGAGGCCUUCUCUGCAACCGCGUCUAUCGACAGCAAGCAAAAGGCGGAUUUCACAGAGACCUUGAACUCGGCCGUUGGUGAUGUGGACGAGAAACUCCCCGCGGAGGCCACGCCAGUGUUAGAAGAGACUCCCGCCGUGGCGCUAGCCUCGUUGGAGCAGCCACCUGCUCCAGAGCCGGAAGUGCCAGCACCAGAAGAUAUUCCCAUGCCGACUCGGGAAGAGCCAAUGCCUGGGCAAGAGCCGAUAGUCGAGCCUCCCCAACCACCUCCGUCGCCUCCUCUAGAGCCUAAGAAGAUUGACGAUGAUGAUGAUGGCCCGGACCUGCUCGGUGGGCUGGAGGCCAUGCUUGACCGUCAAGCAAAGGAGAGCCAGCCACCUACACAGCCGUCUUUACCCCCGCCAGAGUCUGAGGAGCCUGCUGGCUCGGUUCCUACAGAAUCCGCUCCAGCUGUGACGGAACCAGCUGUGGCGCAACCGGAGCCUGCAGAGGCUGCAGCAGAGCAACCAGUCAGUGAGGUGAAAACAGAACCUCAGGAUGCUGCCAGUGGCGCUUGA